UCUUCUCUUCGAUGGCAGUAAAAAAAAUCUCGCAGAGAGAGCGAAAGCGACGGCGAGGCACCACGAGAAACGCCGGCGAAAGCGAACUCCAACCUCCCGUUUCACGGUCGCGGGCUUCCUAUUUACUCCUUUUUCUUUCCCCUUUCUCGCUCUUCUCCUUCACGAGAUCCCAGCUUUUCCAUCUCCUUUUUCUUCCAUCUCCGCUGGAGAGGCCCUAGGCAUGGAGUCCGCCGCCGCCCUCGGGGAGGGCCACAUCAAGGGCAUUCUCACCCACAGCGGCCGCUACGUCCGGUACAACGUGCACGGAAACCUAUUCGAGGUCACGGCGAAGUACGUGCCCCCGAUCCGCCCCAUCGGCCGCGGGGCCAACGGCAUCGUUUGUGCUGCAGUAAAUUCCCAGACUCAUGAAGAGGUUGCGAUAAAGAAGAUUGGCAAUGCAUUUGAUAAUAGUAUUGAUGCCAAAAGAACUUUGCGAGAAAUCAAGCUUCUUCAACAUCUGAAUCAUGAUAAUGUUAUUGCAAUUAAGGACAUCAUACGGCCUCCAAACAGGGAAAACUUCAAUGAUGUCUACAUCGUUUAUGAGUUAAUGGAUACUGACCUUCAUCAGAUAAUUCACUCCAACCAAGCAUUGACAGAUGAUCAUUGCCAGUUUUUUCUACAUCAGUUACUCAGAGGGCUGAAAUAUGUGCACUCUGCAAAUGUUCUGCACCGUGAUCUUAAGCCUAGCAAUUUGCUCUUAAAUGCAAGAUGUGAUCUCAAGAUUGGAGAUUUUGGAUUGGCAAGAACAACAUCUGAAACAGACUUCAUGACUGAAUAUGUUGUCACUAGGUGGUACCGAGCACCUGAAUUGCUCCUUAAUUGUUCAGAGUACACUGCUGCUAUUGACAUCUGGUCUGUGGGGUGCAUACUUGGUGAAAUAGUGACUAGAGAGCCUUUAUUUCCAGGAAAAGACUACGUUCAUCAAUUAAAGCUAAUAACUGAGUUAAUAGGUUCACCCGAUGACUCAAGCCUCGGAUUUCUCCGGGGCGACAAUGCUCGUAGAUACGUGAGACAAUUCCCUCAAUAUCCAAAGCAAGAUUUUCAUUCUAGGUUCCCCACUAUGUCGAGUGGAGCCAUUGAUCUGCUAGAGAAAAUGCUUGUAUUCGACCCAAGCAAGAGAAUCACAGCUGAUGAAGCUCUCUGCCAUCCAUACUUGGCAUCUCUCCAUAUCGACGGUGAAUCUGUUUGCCCCACUCCAUUCAGCUUUGAUUUCGAACAUCCAUCGUACACCGAAGAGGAUAUCAAAGAGCUCAUUUGGAGAGAAUCAUUGAAGUUCAACCCAGAUCCACAUCACUAGCUACGAAUACACAAGCUCACUAUAAUCAGUCCUUGAAUGGAGGCCUUCUCUAUACCUUAACUGUUGCUAGUCAUUCCACCCAA